GUUUAACUAUUCAAAAUUCAACUCAAAAAUUAAUUCAAGAAUUGUAAUACCCAAUUUAUAAAUUGCUGCCAGAAUUUGGCUGGUACCAAGUGUUCAUGAACUAAUUCGUUGGAGGACCCACCUCAACCUCUCAGAACUCUGAAGAGACGAGACAAAACAACCUCUUUGUUCUUUCUUGUUCCGUUCUGUGUCUCGCUGGAGAGUGGAGAAGACAGAACAAGAAGCAAGUAACCACCAGCCGAUCAGCAUCAUCAUGUCGAAACAGACUUACAGUGUCUGCUUCUGCUGGCGACGGCGGUUCAAGCUGGCGUUGGCGGAGGCACCGCCGGAGAUCAAGACCCUUUUCGACCAGUACUCCGAGAAUGAGGUCAUGACAGCUUCAAACCUGAGAAGGUUCUUGGUUGAGGUGCAGAUGCAAGAGAAGGCAACUGAAGAGGAAGCACAAGCCAUAAUCGAUGGCUACAAGCAUUUUCAUCGCAAGGGCGUGGGACUCAAUCUUGAAACUUUCUUCAAGUACCUUUUCAGUGAUAGUAACCCACCUCUUCUUCUAUUCCAGGUGCACCAAGAUAUGACUUUACCCUUGUCUCAUUAUUUCAUAUAUACUGGUCAUAAUUCCUAUCUAACUGGGAAUCAGUUGAGUAGCGACUGCAGUGACGUCCCAAUCAUAAAUGCACUGAGGAGAGGUGUAAGGGUGAUUGAAUUGGACAUAUGGCCUAAUGCAUCAAAGGAUGAUGUGGAGGUUCUUCACGGAAGGACAUUGACUACUCCUGUAGAGCUCGUAAGGUGUUUGAGGUCUAUUAAGGAACAUGCCUUUGUCGCAUCAGAAUAUCCACUUGUAAUAACCCUAGAAGACCAUCUUACUCGAAAUCUUCAGGCUAAAGUGGCUGAGAUGGUUACUCAAAUAUUUGGAGACAUACUAUUUUCUCCUAGCACAGAAGGCUUGAAGGAAUUCCCUCCUCCUGAAUCACUCAAAAAGAGGAUAAUUAUAUCAACCAAACCACCUAAGGAGUACCUUGAAGCAAAAGAAAAGGAAAAAGGGGAUGAUUCACAGCAGGGAAAGGCUUCAGGGGAUGAUUCACAGCAGGGAAAGGCUUCAGGCGAUGAUGAAGCUUGGGGGAAGGAAGUCCCAAGCCUGAAAGGUGGUACUAUAGCUGAUUACAAGGAUGGCAAUGUGGAUGAAGAGGAUCUUAAUGAUGAGGAAGAUCAUGAUGAAUCGGAUAAGUCACACCAUAAUGAAGCUCCAGAAUAUAGACGCUUAAUUGCCAUUCAUGCUGGGAAGCCUAAAGGUGGACUAGAUACUUGGCUCAAAGUGGAUCCUGAUAAAGUGAGACGUCUAAGUUUAAGUGAGCAGCAGCUUGAAAAAGCUGCUUUAACUCAUGGAAAAGAGCUUGUCAGGUUCACUCAGCGGAAUAUACUGAGGGUGUAUCCGAAAGGUACUCGCAUUGACUCGUCAAAUUAUAACCCAUUAAUUGGUUGGAUGCAUGGAGCUCAGAUGGUUGCAUUUAACAUGCAGGGGUAUGGAAGAUCACUUUGGUUGAUGCAUGGGAUGUUCAGAGCCAACGGACGGUGUGGUUAUGUUAAAAAACCAGAUUUUCUAUUAGAGACUGGUCCGAAUAAUGAGGUCUUCGAUCCUAAAGCUAAGUUACCAGUGAAGACUACUUUGAAGGUGACUGUAUAUAUGGGAGAAGGAUGGUAUUAUGAUUUCAAGCAUACUCACUUUGAUCAAUACUCACCUCCAGACUUCUACGCAAGAGUGGGGAUUGCUGGGGUCCCUAAUGAUACUGUGAUGAGAAAAACUAAGGCAAUAGAGGAUAAUUGGUUGCCUUCAUGGAAUGAGACAUUCGAGUUCCCACUUACUGUUCCAGAAUUGGCACUGCUUCGCAUUGAAGUUCAUGAAUAUGACAUGUCUGAGAAGGAUGACUUUGGUGGCCAAACAUGCCUACCUGUCUGGGAGCUAAGAAGUGGCAUUCGAUCAAUUCCGCUGCAUAGCCAGAAGGGAGAUAAAUACAACUCUGUAAAACUUCUUAUGCGCUUUGAAUUUUAUUGAUUCCAUGCAUCCUCUCCUCUACAUUAUUAUGUACAGCCAUUAAGUUAUGUUAGUAAGAGUUUGUAUGUAGUAGCUAGAUGAUGUCGUGAAUGAUACCCAUUGAAUAAUACUUCAAGAAAUAAAAUGUGUUGUUUGUGUGUGUUUUUCUUUUUCUUUUUUUCUCUUGAGGAGAGGUAUUUGUGUUGUAAGACUUGUUAAUAUAUACUUAUAUAUGAACAUAAUGAAAUGUGU